AUGAGUGUUGCUGGUCCUGAUCAAACUAUUAUUUCUUCGAGAAUAUCUUCAAGAAGAAACUCUACGAGAGCUGCAGAAGAAAAUGUUUCUGAUAAUGAAGACAUCGUUGGGCAAAUGCAACAAGGUGCAUCAAAUAUUCGGUAAAAAUAAGAAAUUUUGAGGAUUUUCCCUAUUGAUUAUUUUUGGAAUUUUGAGGAUUUUUCCUAUUGAUUGAAAUUUAAUGGUUUUUGUUUGGAAAAAUUUUGCAUAAAGGAAAUUUGAUUAAUUUUAUUUUAACAGAGCCGAAUAUUCUUGUCGCUGUUAGAUGCAGACCACUUACCAAAAAGGAAAAAGAAAUAGACGACACCAACCUAAUCCAAAUCAUUGAAGAAAGAGUAGUUUUGCUGCUUGACCCUCAAUUUAAAUACGGUGACAAAGGCAGCCGCGCCAAAGAAAAGCAAUACGCCUUUGAUUAUGCAUUUGACGAAAACGCAUUACAGAAGGACAUCUUUGACAAAACUACGAAUUUCCUAAUCGACGGAGUCCUUAAUGGUUACAAUGCAACUGUUUUUGCAUAUGGGGCAACAGGGGCAGGAAAAACAUAUACAAUGCUUGGAGAAGUCAACAGUCCUGGAUUAAUGCUAAUGACUUUUAUCGAACUCUUUACCAAGGUGGAGAAAUUAACUUUAGAAAGAGCUUAUAAGGUGAAAUUAAGCUAUUUGGAAAUUUAUAAUGAGGUUGUCAAAGAUCUAAUUCAUCCCACAACCAGUGUGCUAGAUAUUCGUGAAGAUCCAGUUAAAGGAAUUGUGGUUGCUGGGCUUGCGGAGCUUAUGGCAACUUCGCCAGAUGAAGUUAUAGAGUGUUUGCAGCUGGGAAAUAUGAGGAGAACAUGCGAACCUACAGAAGCAAACCAGACUUCAAGUCGGUCUCAUGCAGUUUUGCAAAUUACUGUUGAAUAUAAAGAUAAAGCUUCAGGGACUGAAUCUGAAAUAAUUGUAGGAAAACUAUCACUUAUAGACUUGGCAGGGUCUGAAAGAGCAUCUCAUACAAAAAAUCGAGGAAUUAGACUAAUUGAAGGAGCCAACAUCAAUAGGUCUUUGCUUGCAUUAGGAAAUUGCAUAAAUGCGCUAUGCGAAGCUACAGAAAGGGGCGGAAAAGUUUAUAUCCCAUAUAGAGACUCCAAACUUACCCGUUUGCUUAAAGAUUCCUUAGGAGGAAAUUGCAGAACCGUCAUGAUUGCUUGUAUUUCUCCAUAUUCUGGAAGUUUUUUCGACACAAGUAAUACGUUAAAAUAUGCAAACAGAGCAAAAAAUAUUAAAACAAAUCUGCAAAGAAAUGUUGUGAACGUUUCAUAUCAUAUUGCAAAAUAUACAGCAAUAAUAGCGCAGCUACGACAAGAGGUCUCUGAUUUAAGAAAACUUUUGAAGUCAAAAAAUCCGAACCCAGCUGCAUUUAACAAUGAAAAAUACCAAAUUGAGUUUAAACGGGUGCAAGCCCAAUGAUCGUGUACUUUUGAUAGUAUAAAUUUCACCGAAGUACAAAUGGUCGAAAAUUGGUUGAAACUUUUUGAUAGAGAGAUUUUUGUCUGAAAAAAACGUUUAAAUUUCUACCAAAUGUCACACUAUUUGACCAAAUGGUCUCCAAUAAAUGUGCACUAUAAAAAUAUACUGUCAUUUGGCAUGGAGCCAAGUUUAAACACACAUUUUCAAGAUGAAGCAAAAAUAAGAAAGAAAAUACAUGAAUGCCAACAAACAAAAGAAGAAUUAGGCUUCAUGCUAUUUUCAAGACAAACUGAGCUGGAUCGAGCUAAAGCAAAAACUGGAGAAGACAGUGCUGCAGCUAGAGCUUUAAAUAAAGAAGUAGAAAGGCUAAAAAAAUCAAUUGAGGAGCAAACUCAAGUAAAUAAUACAUAUGAAGACGUACUUAAAGGACUAGAAAAUAAAAGAGACGAAAUUAAAUCAGAAUGAAUCAGAAAAGGCAUCCCUGAGCCUCAUUUAUCAAGCUUACAACUUAUGAUGCAGCAGCAGGUUUUAGCCAUGAAUUCUAUUGAUGCCCAACGAGACAAAAACCACGACCAAGUGGUUUUAAAGCAAAAAGAGCUUUAUAUACAGCUGCUCAUGAAUCAGCUGAGAUUAAGAGAUAAUGUAAUUGACAUUCAAAAUGGCAUUUUCAAAGAAGAAAACAUAGGAAUGAAGCCUGAUCUUAAAAAAGUUUAUAGUCAAAUCCAAAGCAUUGACGAAAUUACUUCCUCUUCAAUUGUAUCUUUCCCUGAUCUCCAUAUGAACUCUCCAUCUUUAUAUGGCCGUUCAAAGCCCAAAGCAUAUAAAAGUGAUCAUUUUUUGCCUCCAAUUACUCAAGCUCCAACAGCUAAAACAUCAGCCCUAAAUACUCCUCAUUCCAGGAUACCUAAAAUUGCUUCAAAGCGAUAUUUAUCUAAUGAGCCAAAAGAUGAAAAAUUCUCCAAUAUUAAUUUAUUGCAUCCCAAAGCGAAAAGAUUGACUUCAAAUGAUAAUAAAUUGAAAGAGCAGAGAUCGAAAACAAAUUCAGGGCUUUAUGAAGACUCAGAUUCAGAACAGUCAAGUGUGAAACAGGUUGCAAUAAUUGGAAAGACAAGUGAUAAAUAUCAAAAAAGUCCGAAAGUUGGAUAUAAAGGAAGAGAAGUAGGACAUGUGAUUAAAAAGAGGAUAAAACCUAGAGAAAUCAAGUAUGGAGUCAAUAUUAGGGGUAUUGAGAAUUUUGAAGGAUAA